AUCCCGUGUGAUGUUCUCUGAGUUUAGCUGGAGUUUCUUGUGUCAGAAUGAUGGCAAAUUGCAAAGCUUCCGUGCCUCAAUAGAAAACGCGUUGUCUCAAGCCCAAGGGCUCUGAUGGAGCGUAUCAAACUCUCAACGUCACCCAACCCAAUCGACAGGACAUCGUCUUGACUUUCGUCGGUGUGGUCCACCGGAUAUCCGCUGCCUCACUUACAUUUAUGGGUGACCAGCAUGUCUAAUACCCUCCACCCCUCUGUUGUGGGUCUUCGAGUAUCAGUGACAAUGGUUCAUAUGUGCACAAUUGUAGUAACCUCUUGGCGACUCUGGUAUAAAAUAAUACAGCGACGCUGGUGGUGGGAGGAUGUAUGGGCGGCCACCGCGCUAGCAGCUAUCAUCGCCAGUGUGGUCUCGGUCUGGAUUUUUUCUGGGACACCGGUCGAUUCAAAGCCAAGGGAUGGCCCCAUUAUAGCGUACUGGCUUAUAAUGAUCAAUUUCACCAUAGGUCUCUGGGCGUCUCGGUUAAGUAUGAUAUGUUCGAUUGUAAGAUUGUCACCACCCACAAGAAUACGGAUUGUCGCAUGUUGCGUGGCAGCAACUUUUGCAGCAAUUGCUAUCGCUUUACUCAUCCACAAAUGCUGGUUUUGUGCUCGCAACCACGACUGGGAAGAAAUUGCUCCGCUCAGUUGCUCUCUGGCGUCUUCUGUAGGCAUCGCACAGGUCAUCACGGACUUUUUGUCUGACAUAACACUGGUGGUUUUACCUGCUCAAAUCUUGCAUCAGGUCAAGCUUCCACGGAACCAGAGGAUAUUAAUUCUCUCAGUUUUCUCCGGCAGUCUCGUAACCACGUCACUGAGCAUCGCACACGCAGUUUUUUUCAUUCAGGCCGAUCCCAUCUUGAAGAUUUUAACAGGGCAGCUCGAGAUGGCCUUCUCUGUUAUUGUCUGCAAUCUUUUGCCUAUUGUCACAUGUCUCUACAAAGUCUUUCGAAGCAGAGACCUAGACCUCAGAUGCCCGGCAGACAGCAUAUUUCUCACUACUAUCGUCGACAUGCCAUUAUCAGACAGCCACAAAACUGAAGAAUUGAAAUUCAUACUAGUAUGAUUCAUAGCUUAGAAGGAUCUUGGCGUGCGUUGCACCGGUGGCAACGUGGUACUGCAUUUCAUAUCCCCCCAUUUAAAUAUUAUUGUAUUGUAUUGCAUCAAUUCAUCAAGGCAUGUGCAUCGUGUAUUUCUUUUAUUCCGUACUGUAUUCCUGACACAAGUACCAUCGUUUACAACAUGAAUAUUC